AUGGACACCUCUGAUCAGCUAGCAUCUGGGACGUUUCAAGUCCUCAAAUUACCUCUGGGAUUUAUCCGUGUUUUGGAAUGGCUUUUUGCCAUUUUUGCAUUUGCGACAUGUGGCGGCUACUCGGGGCAGCUGCGGGUUAGUGUGGACUGCAUGGAGAAGGCCCUAAGUAACCUCAGCAUUGGCAUUGACUUUGCUUAUCCUUUCAGGUUGCACCAGGUGUCCUUUGAAGCGCCCGUGUGUGAGGGUAUUAGGAGGGAACGCGUUUUCCUUGUUGGAGACUAUUCAUCCUCUGCAGAGUUCUUCGUCACCAUUGCGGUCUUUGCCUUCCUGUAUUCCCUCAUGGCCACCAUUGUCUACAUCUUCUUUCAGAACAAGUACCGUGAAAACAACCGCGGACCACUCAUUGACUUUGUAGUGACAGUGGUGUUCUCCUUCAUGUGGUUGGUCAGUUCCUCUGCCUGGGCCAAGGCUCUGUCUGAGGUGAAAAUGGCCACUGAUCCAGAUGAGGUGCAGCUCCUUAUCUCCGCCUGCAAAGUCCAGACCAACAAGUGUGGAUCUGUGCAUGGACCACGCUGGUCCGGACUCAACACCUCAGUGGUUUUUGGGUUUCUCAACUUUGUUUUAUGGGCCGGGAACAUUUGGUUUGUCUUUAAAGAGACCGGUUGGCACAAGGGCGCUACAAGGUUAGCAGGCGGGGCAUCUGAGAAACAGUCUGACACCUUACACCAGCAGCGCUACAACCAGGGAAGCUUCGACCAGUCAGGGAGCUACAACACCCAGGGAAACCUUGGACAGCCAUCUGAGUACAGCCAGGUGGGAGGGCCCACCUCCUACUCCAAUCAAAUGUAGCCGUGCCUUUUCGAUUUGUGAGUGGCACGUGAGUGGUGAUCAGGGGGUUCUCAGAGAGGAGGACAGUUUGUCGAAAAAAAGAAUGGUCAUAUAAUAAGGCAUCAAAGGUGUCAAGUACACCCAUUGUAGAUACGAGAUUUGUUUGGUAUUGUAAAAAAUUAUUAUACAUUAGGGAUGGGCAUGAUUAAUCAACCAUCGAUAAUUGAUCAUUAAGAAUUUCAUGGAUCACAAUAAUUUGUCAUCGUUUAAACAAAUGCAGGUUGCGCUGUGAAGUGUGUGUCUAAAUCACUGAAAUGAAUUUCACAGUGUGGCAGCAAUUAAACAUUUUACCACCCGGGGGCCAUUUUUGACGCCAUGCUCAGUUACGUGCGAGUUUCGGUUUUGAUUUCAAAAGUAAUCAUGAAGAGAUCACGCCAAAGUGUGGCGUGGGACCAUUUUGAUUU